GGCGGGGCCUACCGCCUGCCCUGACGCUGUGCGCUGAUUGGGGAGUCCGUGGAGCCUUUGCGCACGCGGGGGCGAGGCCUAGCCAAUCAGAGCGGGCGGAGGGCGAGUCGUGCGUCCCCGAGGCGCCGAGCUACGGGUGCCGGGUGAAGCGAAGCCAUGAUGUGUCUGCUGCUGGGGCCCGCGGGGGUCGGAAAGACGCUGCUGGUGAAGCGGCUGCAGAAGCUGAGCUGCCGGACCGGAAAGGGCGAGCUGGGGGAGCCGCCCCCAACGCGGCCCACGGUGGGCACCGACCUCACGGACAUCGGGGGCCCGAGAAAGAUAACCAUCCGGGAGCUGGGAGGGUGCAUGGGCCCCAUCUGGUCCAGUUACUACGGGAACUGCCGCGCUCUCCUGUUCGUGAUGGACGCCUCUAACCCCACCCAGCUCUCUGCAUCCUGCGUGCAACUCUUGGGCCUCCUUUCUGCAGAACAACUCACAGGAGCCUCCGUCCUCAUUCUCUUCAACAAAAUCGACCUGCCCUGCUAUAUGACCCUGGAGGAGAUGAAGUCGCUAGUCAGGCUCCCUGACAUUAUCACCUGUGCCCAGCAGAACAUCACCACUGCAGAAAUCAGUGCCCGGGAAGGCACUGGCCUGGCCAAGGUGCUGCACUGGCUCCAGGACACCCACAGAGCCAGCAGCUGACCACAAGGCUAGCCCACUCUGGUGAGGAGGUGGAGGAUGGUGACACUGGGCAGCCUGUGGUCUGUUCUUACAGGAGCAAAAGGACCCCAGUGUGGCCCUCGGUGGUGGGGUGAUCUGCUGAGUUGGAGUGAUGGGUAAACUGAGGCACCCAGAAUGCAGAAAUUCCUGACGUCUGGCCUCUGAAUGAGAAGACUGUCCCCAGGGCUGGGAGAGGCUAGACCUGCAGGUUGGUGGGUGCCCUGCUGCCAUGGGGGACGGUGCUACUGGGGUUUGUUCCUGACCACUAGGUCCAAGCAUUUGGGCUGCACAGUGCCAUAAGACACGGUCCCCUGGCUGCAGGCCAGCUCCAACUCAUUUGAGUUUCUAAAACCCUAGUGGUGUGGCCUAGUCCACAUGGUGAGGUGAGUGAAGGAAGUAUGAUAAGAUCUGAGCCCACAGUUAGAAGCAAGAGUUGGCAUUUUCUUUUGGCUUUGUUUUGUAAGCUUACACGAGAGAGACAAGCACCAUCAACGUGGCCUUAUGCCUCAGCCCUCCCCCAGCUUCCCAGGCCAGCCAGGGCACUGGCGGGCAUCGGCACACCUGGUGAGUACAGGUUGGCCCGGAGCUGAGCCUAGUCUUCCACGUGGAUCCAGCAUGGCGGAGCAACACCAAGGUGGCUGCACUGUGGCUGGCCAGACAUGAGCUUUAUUGUGGGCCUGUUGCUCUCUGGAUGUCUCCUGCCCUGAGGUGCCCAGGUGAAUUUGGUUCCCAUCCACGGCAAGGAGUGGCAGCCUCAUUUCAGCCAAGGCAGCUCUCAGGACACUCAUCCUGUGGUGGAUGUGUCAGUGUCCUGAGGCCACGGCAACUAAUGACCCCAAGCUGGGCCUUAAACAACGGAAGUUUAGGGAACCAGCAGUUAGCGUAAUGGCUAUGUCGCUGGAUUCCCACGUAGUCGACCGCGGUUCGUGUCCCGGACCCGGUGGCUUAAAACUCACGCUGG